AUGGUGUCUACUGGCAAGCGCUACCUACUACUGACACUUAAUCUAAUUCUCUCUCUCUCUCUCUCUCUCUCUCUCUCUCUCUCACUCCACGUCUAUCUUCUUUUUCCUAUUUCUUUUUUUUCUUUCUUUUUUCACACUUUUCCUUUGCUUUUUGUCUUUUUUUUUCUUUUUCUUUCUCUUUUUUCAUCUUUGUUCUUUCUUUUCUUUCUUUCCUUUCUUUUCCUUUUUUUCCUUUUCUUUUUUUCUUCUUUUCUUCUUUUCUUUUUUCUUUUUUUUUUUUUUUUUUUCUUUUUUCUUUUUUUCUUUCUUUUCCUUUUCUUCUUUUUCUCUUUCUUUUUUUUUUCAUUCCUUUCUUUCUUUUUCUUUUUUCUUUUUUUUUUGUCUUUUUUCUCUUUCUUUUUUCUUUUCUUUUCUUUCUUUUCCCUUUUCCUUUUCCUUUUCUUUUUCUUUCUUUUCUUUUUUUCCUUUUUUGCCUUUUUCCUCUUUCUUUUUUUUUCUCUUUUCUUGCUUUAUUUCUUUCUUUUUUUUCAUUCCUUUCUUUUUCCUUUCCUUUUUUCUUUUUCUCUUUCUUUUCUUUUUUCCUUCUUUCUUUUUUUUUUUUCUUUUUCUUUUUUCUUUUUCUCUUUUCUUUCUUUUUUCUUCCUUUUUUCUUUUUCUCUUUUAUUUUCCUUUUCAUUCUUUUCUUUCUUUUCUUUUUGUUUCUUUUUUUUUCUUCUUUUUUUUCUUUUUUUCUUUUUCAUUUUUUUCUUUCUUUCUUUUAUUCUUAGUUAUACAAACAAAGAGUUGGGGGGAAAAUUCAAAUUUCUUUUUUCUUUCUUUCGCAAUCUUUCUUUCGUUUUCUUUCUUUUUCUUUUCUUUUCUCUUCCAUUUUUCUUUUUUUUCUUUAUCACGCUUUCUUUCUUCUUUUUCUUUUCAUUCUUUCGUGCUCUUUCUUUUUUUUGCUUUCUUUUUUCUUUCAUUUUCUUUCUUUCCUUCCUUUCUUUCUUUUUCUUUUCACGCUUACAUUUUUCAUUCCUUCUUUCUUUCUUUCUUUCUUUUUCUUUCUUUUUUCAUUCAUUUUUUUUUGACUUUUUCUUUUUCAUUAUUCAUUUUUUUAUAUAG